CUUACCGAUUAAUGGUACUGUUGCUGCUACCUGGCUCAACAGACGAAUGAUACUCAUUAAGCACCGCCGUUUCUUCACAUGGCGACGCCAAUAUCUACGACUUAGAAUUGGAAUUACAAAGAGUCAAUUUAUGUUACAACGAGGUCCACAUACCGCUUUGAAUCGUGUUCAUACGCAUAAAUACGCAUCCACCCCUGAUGGUGAACGAACGCGAAGACGGUGGCCUUGAAUC